AUGCUAAGCUCGCUUGGCAAAUUGACCGAUUCUCUAGAGCUUCCCGAUUCUCUUCGUUAUCUUUACUGGCUUAGUUAUCCACUGGAAUCUUUACCGUCAAAUUUUUGUCCGGAAAAUCUAGUUGAGCUUCAUAUGCGAUAUAGCAAAGUUAAGAAGCUUUGGAAAGAAGAGCAGAUACUUGUCAACUUACAAGUGAUUGAUCUGCGGGGUUGUUCAAAUCUAACUGAAGUUCCAAAUCUCUCCGGGAGUCUAAAAAUUGUGGAGAUAAAUCUCGGGCGCUGUCGAAGUUUGGUUGAAAUUCCUUCGUAUUUUCAACAUCUUGACAAGCUUACUCAUCUUGAGCUUAGAGACUGCACCAGACUCGGGUAUCUUCCAGAGAUGCCAGGAAAUAUUAGAUACUUAGAUUUACGAGGUAGUGGUAUAAAGGAGUUGCCUGAAUCAGUUUGGUCUAACGAAAAUAUUGCUUACUUGAAUUUAAGGCAAUGCGAAGACCUUAAGAAACUUCCAAGCAGUAGGUGUAAGUUGAAAAAUCUCGAGAAACUUGAUCUCAAUUCGUGCUCUAAAUUUGAAAACUUUCCAGAGAUUUUGGAGCCAAUGGAACAUUUGAAGUCCUUAAGUUUAAUUCAUACAGCAGUUACAGAGGUACCCUCAUCAAUCUGUAACUUGAAAUAUCUUGAGAGUCUUGAUCUCACCAAGUGCUCUAGAUUUUCCAAAUUCCUUGAAAUCUUGAAGCCAAUGGAACAUUUGGUGUCUCUUUGUUUGCAAGACACAGUUGUCGAAAUGCUUCCUUCGUCUAUUGGAAAUCUAAAUAGGCUUCAAGAUUUAAACCUUAGUCGCUGCUGUCAACUUAAGGAUGUCCCAAAAAGUAUCUACAGUUUAAUCAGUCUUAGACGUCUCAACUUUUGGGGCUGUCGGAGACUUGAAAAAUUGCCUUCCAGCUCUGUUGGUUUUCUCUCUUUAGAAGAACUAGAACUCAGCUUCAGCGGUAUAUUGGAAAUACCAGCAAGCAUCAAACAAGCUUCUCGGUUGUCUAUGCUCGACUUAUGCUGGUGCAGCCGGCUUCAAUCUAUACCAGAGCUCCCAGUGCUAUGUAAUGUUAAAGCUGAAGGCUGCACAUCGCUGAAGAUAGUGUCAAGUUCAAGGACAGCCCUCACACAAGGUUGGGAUAAACCUAAUUAUUGUUUCAGACUUUUUACUAAUUGCCCAAAAUUGGAUAAUAAUUCAAGGAGCAACAUAAUGGAUGAAGCACAGAUUACAAUUAUGCGAAUGGCAACUGUUGCGCCAUUAAAGGAUUACUGGAGUCAUAGACCCUGGGCUCAUAAUCCCUGGCCUCAGAUUAACGUUGUAUGUCCAGGAAAAGAAAUUUCAAAUUGGUUCAGCUAUCAAAAUGAGGGAUCUUCAGUAGACAUUGAGCUUUGUCCAGAUUGGUUUCGAACAGGUUUAUUUGGUUUCGCUCUCUCUGUUGUUCUUUCAUGCAGUUCAGACGUGAAGUAUUUAUUCAAGACGGUAAGAGCUAAUUUCAUUGUCAAAGUCAUGGGUGAAAGCCAUGAACUGUUCAGUUCUAAGUACAUUAUCCGAGGCUCCAAUGACGGCCAACAUCACGUGCAUGUGUGGAAUGAGGCCUUUAGAAGUGAAGAGGUAGGAAAAAACUGCUCCCCUGAUGUUUACAAACUUGCCAAAGAGGCCUCUGUCGUCUUCUUGUGCCCAUUUUCUAUCGAGGUGGAAAGCUGUGGUAUAUGCCCAUUGUAUGCCGAAGAGGCUGAGAAAUUCAAAUUUGGUCAUGUGUUCAUGUCGAGGGGACCAAAAGUAGAAGAAGAAACAAGACAAGAUGAUGAUUCCAAAGGUGGUGGAUCAAGAGAUGAGCCUCAAGUAAGAGAAUUAAGACAUCCCGAGCUCACAUUUACCACUUCAACUACAAUUGGACUACAAAUUCAAAAUCGGCCCGUCGGAAAUACGCAUCGAAAAGAUUCACAUUCACCGAUUGGUUCUGCGGCGAUGCCAUCUCCACCGUUGGAUUGCGAUUCGCGGAGGAUCAGACCACGGAAUCAAUCGAGAGCACCGCGCGCUCAGGCUGCAGUACGCGCAAGGAGCGCCGGGAAAACCACAAAUUCGGAGGACCAGGAUUUGGUUGCCUUUCUUCUCCGAUUCGGAGGAAAAUCAGAAGACGACGAAGACACCGAGCGAGACACCGAGCGAUGCCAAUAG